CUUUUCUCGUUCACUUUAAUUUUGACUCCAGAGUUUGGUUCAACCCUAGACUAGUUCCUCGUUGGCCACGCGGCGUAGGCAGGAAAAAAUUGUUCCACUUGCCUUAGCCCACCCCCAUAUGUAGCGUGGUCGGCAGCUUCAGCAGUGGGUCGCCCACCAAGGUUUUGUCCAUGCACGGCUCCCAUAUUAAUAGUGAUCACCCUCCCACCUGGACUGCCUUGGAGUCUCGCUUUCGCAGGCCAUUUCUCUCUAAUAGUGGCCAUGGCGACUGACGAACAGCAAUGGGCCAUUGCCACCACCACUUCGGUGACGGUGCUUGCCUUUUUGUGUGUUGUGCUGCGUAUUGUGUCUCGUUUGGAACGUAAGCAGAAACUCUGGUGGGAUGACUGGAUGAUUAUCUUCUCUAUGGGCUGGAACUUCGUUGUCGUCGGCUUCAUCUUUGCUAUGAUCCAUGAAGGCAUGGGCGUACACGCCGACAAGCUACCGGCCUCACAAGUCAUCCUCAUCGCCAAAUUUCUGGUUGUGGCCGAGAUUCUUUAUGUGUUCAACCUGGUGUGGACCAAGCUCAGUAUCCUGCUGAUGUACUAUCGCAUCUUCCACUUUGCCUACUUCAAACGGUGGGCCUAUAUCAUCGGUACCUUUGUGAUCUGCUGGGUUAUCUGCAUCACUUUCUUGUUCAUCUUCAUCUGUGUCCCGGUGCAAAAACUCUGGUACCCCAGCUUACCGGGCCACUGCAUCUCUCAGGUAGGCACCUGGAUCGCCAAUGCCACCUCGACCAUUGCCACCGAUUUGGUGAUCCUGUUCCUGCCAUUGCCCCAAGUCUGGAAGUUGCAGCUCCGCAUGUCUGAAAAAGUGGCUCUGACCAUAGCAUUCGGUCUGGGAUUCUUCGUGGUCUUCGCCUCCGCCUACCGCUUCACCGUCCUGUUCUCCUACACGGCCGCCGACAGCUCCUACACCUUAGCCCCUACCGUUGGAUGGACCGCCAUCGAGAUGUCAGCCGGGAUUGUAUCCGCCUGCCUCCCAACCGUUCGACCCGCGCUGCAGCUCGCCGCCCGCAAGCUGGGCAUCCAGGCCGUCAUGCCCGCCAUCUUCCGCAGCACCGGCCACUCCGCCAACCACCUGUCCUCCAAGUCGGAGGCCACGCAGCUGGCCAGUCGGCUGGGGGCCGGCGAUAUCCCGCUUUCCGGCACCGGCAGUGGUGGGGCAUCCUCCCGCCCUGUCGUCCGCCAUUCGUUCUAUCAUCUACCCGACGACGGCGAGUUGGCUGACAUCGAUAACGUCCCGCUGAAGAUGGAGGUGUCGCUGCGGCCGAAGCAUGAUCGGGGCCAGACAGUCACGAAAAUCCGGGGGAGGACGAGCACUGCGACGGGGGAUGAAGACUUGCUGCCAUUGCAUGGGAUUCGGGUGCAGAAGGACUUCAGACAGGAUGGGUAGCUAGUGCUUUCUCCGUGCGGUCAUGAGUUUUUCUUACUGUUCAUAGCGUGGGGCGUAUUUUGGGAUUCGUGUUUUGUAUAUCACUAAGCUGGUCGGGGAGGUUUUUGUGUGUACUGCAUAUAGUGUACGUCUACGAU